CUUAUAAGUUUACAUGAAGUAACGGAAAUGGCGCUCAUUUUGUUAAACCUUGAUGGAGACGACGAAUUAGCCAUUUUUGUUUGUUGUACCAGAAAAAAGUAUAGCUGUUGUCUCUCUCCAUUGUUGUUUAAUUUAACCAGUUACCAAUAACCAUUAGACUUGACAAAAUUUGUCACCACUCUUCAACCAGGCAACAGCAGCAGUGGUAACAUCAACUUUUGGACAAAAUCUGUCUAAAGAUCAAUAAACAUGAUCUCUAAUAUGAUCAACUCUAAAUACGGAAUGUGGGCUAAAGUAGUUCCAAUUGUUUUGUGCUCUUCCCUGAUCUUUGACUACAAAACAUGGCUUCAAAAUGCCCUCACCUGGUACAAGGAGACCAUUGAAAAAGGAGACCAACGAGUCAGUGAUUGGCCUUUAAUGUCAAGUCCAUUUCCAACUCUAACCAUGACUGCCGGUUAUUUGUAUUUUGUCAAGAUUGCUGGACCUCGAUGGAUGAAAGACAGGCAACCUUUUGAUCUUCGUAACUUCAUGAUUAUUUACAAUUUUGCUCUUGUUCUUGCCUCUGGAAUUAUGUUCAUUGAGAUGGGACGUUUAAUUGAAUGGGGUAAAUACAGUUUUCAUUGUCAAUCGGUUGACUAUUCAAAUGAUCCCAUACCAAUGAGAAUGUGUAUUGUUGGCUGGUAUUUUCUGGUGUCAAAGCAUAUUGAGUUCAUUGAUACGAUUAUUUUUGUCUUGCGAAAGAAACACAAUCAAGUCUCGGCAUUACAUGUUUUUCACCACUCAGUUGUACCAAUAACAAUAUGGAUUGGAAUGAAAUAUGCUCCUGGAGGGAAUAACGCUUUCUUCCCAUUCCUCAACUCAGGAGUUCACACUAUCAUGUACUUUUAUUAUGGACUCUCUGCCUUUGGUCCUUCCGUUCAAAAGUACCUUUGGUGGAAAAAAUAUUUAACCAAAUUACAGUUAACCCAAUUUACUUUGGCCAUGGCUCACGGGUUGAGGGCAUUAGUUCAAGACUGUCAGUUUCCUCGUUCAUUUGUUAUAAUGAACAUUUUCCAUGCCGUUCUCUUCUUUUACCUUUUCUGGUCUUUCUACCAACAAUCUUAUGAUAAACGAUCCAAAUCAUCUGCGACCACAACAACAACUACCACAGCUUCAAUUUCAACCUCAACCUCCAAAGGGUUGACUGUUUCGGCCUCAUCUGGACCUGAUGGAGCUUCCACUUGCGCUCGAUUUGGUGAUGUUACAAUUACCGCUUCAGUUACUUAUCACAAUGCAACUGAUCCUUCUGACUUCAUUAAAUCCCAAUCUAAACUGGAUUUGAUCAACUCACCUGACAAGGCUAAGAUUAAAGCUCAUUAAAAAUACUUAGUCACUUUUAACAUCAUCAUCAUAAUCAAUUUCAAGUCAUCAAUAAGCACUUUUGUUUUUUUGAUUGAUCAGCAAAGCAAAUAAACUGUGAUCAUUUUCAAUUGGAUUUGUGUUUACACUUUUCAACUUGAAACAUUUUUAAUGUAAAUUUUACCCAAAAUUUUGUAUCGAUUUACUGUAACAAUUUUACCAACAAACCAAUGUUAAUUGUAGUUGAAACUGUAAAAUUUAAAAUGUAAGGCAUGUUUAUCUGUAUAGAUUUGAGUAUUAAUAACAUUGAUUGAGGUAUUAAACAACCUUUCAACGUGGUCAA